UAAAUCCCCUGACCAGACCCGGCACCCAUAAUCCCCGGCGGAAACCCCGAGCGUGGCUUCUACAAGCACACCGAGUCGAGGACCUCAUCUUGGAGCCCUGUGGACAACGAGGAGCUCCGGGGAUGGGCCCAGAGUGGGUACUCUCUUAUCUACAGGAACAUCAUUCUAGACUCCUUCGUGGGCAGUGACAUCAGCACCGAGAUCCUACAGAAGAUCAGAGAUGACUUCACUACCAUCAAAGCAAACAGGAUGAAGGUUAUACUAAGGUUCUCAUACAGCAUAGACAGCAAUAACAACAAUGAUGCUCCACCUGAACAGCUGCUCAAGCACAUCUCGCAGCUUGCACCAAUUCUAAAGGAUAACGCAGCUCUGAUCGCCGUAAUGCACGCUGGCUUCAUCGGCGUGUGGGGGGAGUGGUAUUACACGGCACAUUACGGCAACGAGGGCGUGAUCUCGGAGGAGGACUGGGCGCGCCGUCGUCAGGUUGUCAGCGAACUCCUUCAGGCGUUGCCAGUCUCACGAGAAAUCCAGUUACGAACGCCCGAGUAUAAGCGACGGAUCUUGAACCGAACAUCAGCUCUCACAGAGGAUGAAGCCUUUGGCGAAGAGCAGGUCGCCAGGAUAGGUCACCACAACGACUGUUUCUUGGCUUCUGACACGGACUACGGCACGUACACCAACAAGCCCGAGGAAUAUCCGUACGUGCAGCAAGAAACUCAGUAUGUCACGAUGGGGGGAGAGUCAUGCAACCUCAACCCACCCAGGUCAGACUGCCCGACGGCCCUGAAGGAGCUGGAGGAACUGCAUUACACGUACCUCAACGCAGAUUACCACCCCGACGUGCUCGACGCUUGGAAAUCCCAGGAUUGCUUCGACGAGGUCUACUCAUCUCUUGGCUAUCGUCUGGUGGGCGUGAUGGCGAGGAUGCCAGAGAAAGCGAGUCUCGGAUCGACGGUGCAUGUGGGCGUGCAGGUUCAGAACAUGGGGUGGGCGGCGCCAAUCAAUUACCGCCGUGCUGAGAUUCUGCUGCUUCACGAGACCACCGGGGAAAAAUACACCUCGGGGCUGCAGUUUGACCUGAGGACCUGGCUUCCGGGUGACCACAAGUUGCAGUUCAGUGUGGACCUUCCUGCAUCUGCAACAGCCGGCGAUUAUAAGGUCGUGCUCAACCUGCCAGACGGCGACCCCGACCUGUACGACCUGCCGGAGUACAACAUCGAGUUUGAGAAUGCCCAAGAUAUCAAUGAUCUGGAAGGGCGUCGCAACCUCAUCGGCCUCAUCACGGCUUCCUGAGCGGCGUGUCGCUUCUUUUAUAUUUAUUUAUGGUUUUAUUAUUCCUAUUAUCAUAAUUAUUAACAUCAUUAGUAUUAGUGUUAGUAUUAAUAUUAGUAGUAGCAUGAUGGAAAUAAAGAUUUCCCGAU